CGCUCAGCCCCGGCUUCCGCUCCUCAUGAAUGCACGGCUCCCUCUGGCCUUCGUCGUUCUACUGGCGAGGGAGCUGCCGGGCCGGGGUUGCUCCGUUGUUCAGCCGCGGUGUAGCGAGCUAGGCACCACUGAGAUAGACGCCUCCCGGUGGUCUAGAGCGUCCCCGGAAGUGGCUCGGGGAAGGCCGCGACGAGAGGACCGGUGGAGAGCUGCGUGGCCGGCAUUUCCGGCCAGUAGUGGCGGCUUGUGGUCCUCAGUUCCUGAAGUGUAUGGGUCAGACAACAUUGUGAAUCCUGGUGAGAAGUAUUCCCAGCUCAGAGACCUGGACACCGUUGAAGGGAAAGCUGCCACCUUUUGCCAUCGGUGUGACUGCCCGAGGCUCCAGCUACACCCAGCAGUCCAGGGUAACUCAACCCUGUCACCUCCCCUGAAGAGAACGGCAGUUGACUACACUACUAGGAUCUGAAGCCUAAGUGGGCUGGAGCCCCAGUACCAAAGGGAAACUGAGGCAAGAUACUGUGGUAGGCAGAGCACAGAGCCAAGAAUGAACCUGGCUUGAGCCUAGGCUCAGUCCUGUGGACAGGCAGACAAGAAAGGGAGAGACUGGCCCAGGGAGCCAGAGAAAACCAUAGUCAGGAAAGGACAGGCCUAGCCCCAGCCUGGACCACCUCCUCAUGGCCUCCAAGCAAGCUGCAGCCAAGGGCAAGGGGGAGAAGCGGAAGCGCGUGGUGCUGACCCUGAAGGAGAAGAUUGACAUCUGCACUCGGCUGGAACGUGGUGAGAGCAGGAAGGCGCUGAUGCAGGAGUAUAACGUGGGCAUGUCCACUCUGUACGACAUCAAAGCCCACAAGGCCCAGCUGCUCAGGUUCUUUGCCAGCUCAGACUCUCACCAGGCGCUGGAGCAGCGGCGUACCUUGCACACACCCAAGCUGGAGCACCUGGACCGAGUGCUGUAUGAGUGGUUCCUGGUAAAGCGGGCUGAGGGCAUCCCUGUGUCGGGCCCCAUGCUCAUCGAGAAGGCCAAGGACUUCUACAAGCAGAUGCGGCUGACAGAGCCCUGUGUGUUCUCUGGAGGGUGGCUUUGGCGCUUCAAGGCCAGGCAUGGCAUUAAAAAGUUAGAUGCCUCUAGCGAGAAGCAGGUGGCUGACCACCAGGCUGCGGAGCAGUUCUGUGGCUUUUUCAGGAGCCUCGCAGCCGAGCAUGGGCUGUCUCCUGAGCAGGUGUACAGCGCUGAUGAGACAGGUCUGGUCUGGCGGUGCCUGCCAAACUCCACCCCGGAUGACGGGCCUGUGCCCCGCUUCAAACAGAGCAAGGACAGACUGACUGUCUUAAUGUGUGCCAAUGCCACUGGCUCCCACAGAAUCAAGCCUUUGGCCAUUGGGAAGGGUGGUGGCCCCAGAGCCUUCAGAGGCAUCCAGCACCUGCCCAUUGCUUACAAGGCCCAGGGUAAUGCCUGGGUAGACAAGGAGAUUUUCUCAGACUGGUUCCAUCAUAUUUUUGUCCCCUCUGUGCGAGAGCAUUUCAGAACCAUAGGCUUGCCUGAGGACAGCAAGGCAAUUCUCUUGUUGGACCAUUCCCGAGCCCAUCCCCAAGAGUCGGAGCUGGUAUCAGAGAAUGUCUUCACUAUCUUCUUGCCUGCCAGUGUGACCUCCUUAUUGCAGCCCACAGAGCAAGGCAUUCGCAGAGCCUUCAUGAGGCUCUUUAUUAACCCUCCUGUGGCCUUACAGGGCUUCCCCACCCGGCACAGCAUGAACGAUGCCAUAGUCAAUGUGGCCUGUGCCUGGAAUGCUGUGCCUAGCCAGGUCUUCAGGCGGGCCUGGAGGAAGCUGUGGCCCACUGUCACAUUCGCCGAAGCUUCCUCCUCUGAGGAGGAGGCAGAGUGCUGCAGCAUGAAGCCUCACAAUAAGACUUUCGCACACAUCCUUGAGCUCGUGAAAGAAGGACCCUCCUGUUCUGGCAGCAGGCUUCAGACCAGCAGGGUUGAAGAGCAGGCUGUGGCUGAGAGGGACAUGGAUGAGGCCCCUGCUGUUGGGACACCAUCCCAAGCCACUGGGCAUGCAGAAAAGGCAGAGAAAGAUGCUGGUGAGGAGGAGGAGGCAGCCUGGGAGCAGGCAGCCACAUCCUUCGAGGCACUUAUGCACUUUGCAGAGCGGCAGCCAUGUUUCACCAUGCAGGAGGUGGGGCAGCUGCAGGCACUGCACACGGUGUUCAGGAGACAGCAGCAGCUGAGGCAGCCCCGUGUGGCUCUCAGGGCUGUGAUCAAACUUGAGACCCUUCAGGAGCACCCUGGUGUGUGUGUGGCCACAACCCCCUCUACCUUGCCCUGCUCCUCCACAGCAGGUGAUAACUGAAGAUGUCUGUAUCUGCUGACCCCUGCUGCAGCUCUGCUCUGUGGCAUGUGCAGCUGUGGGGCUCAGACUGCCUGCUAGGCAGGAGCACAUGCGUGCUCAGAUGAGAGCAAGCAGGACUGAAGCCCCAGGAGCAUGGCCCCUGUCAAGGUGGCUCCUGGUUUACACAGAGGGCUCCCUGUGUUGUGGCUAAUGGUUUUACUCUAUCUCUAGCACAGAUGUGUAUCAUUUGAAUGGCAGGAGACCUGUACCCUCCCUCAGCACUCUGGAGCUCUCCUAGCUGCAGCUGGGUCCAGUGGGCCAGCUCUGCCUCUGGUGUUGGAAGACUGAGCCACGUUAGCAGGUUGAAGUGCCUUGAGGGGUGUACCUCCAGCUCUCAGGAGGCUCUCUCUCCCCAGCUGGUGAACCCCCAAGCCCAGUCCUGAGGGCACUGGCUUCAGCUCCUGACCUCAGUGCUCACAUCCCCCACUGAGCACCAUGCUGUCCUCUUGCUCUGAGCCCACCUCAGCCAUGGACAAACUCAGUGGUGAGACUCUGUAGUGUCCCUGUCAGCAGCAGGCCCUACCUCUAGGGUCAGGUUCCAUGGAGACACUGCAUGCUGGUUUAAGCAUUGCUCAGAGGCCGACAUGUGUCCAGAAGUCCGUCCUCCCCAGAACUUCCAAGUAACAGCCUUUAUGUGAACAGCACUUGGUGACUUGGAGCUCAACAGGAUAGGCAGGUUAGCAGUAAUCCCAUGGAAGAUGUCUCUGCACUAGCUGGUUCUGUGGAAGCCAGAUGUCAUAGAAUGUGACUUUUCCUGACCUUGGAGCUGAUGAGUAGACCAUGGCUCCUGUGCCUGUGACUCCCAGGGCCCUUUGUCUGCAGUGGUUAGCUCUCUGUUCUUUCACCAUGCCUUUGUCCUGGACCCCCACUGCCUUUGGGGUUCAUGUAGCUGGAUUGCCACAGCUUUCAUUCCAGUGUCCGACAGCUGCUUCACCAGGAGACCUUUGCCUGUGGAACCUCUGAGAGCCAGGGAGGGGGCUUGAGGAGCGUUGGUUUGUGUUUCUAUGUCCAGACACUGAGGAUGGAUGUUGCAGACAACUCCAUAGUUGUGCCUGGAUGUCUUGCUUUUCCUGCAUGUGUGAACAUUAUAACCAGGUUGUUUUUGGAAA